AACUGACAUAACUUGUAUCAUUAAACUCGAACGUACCAAGUUUUUCGGUCUAUUGCGAACGCGUCAGUGAUUAGCGGAUCGAUUGGAGUUGUAACUCAACGACAAGAAAAAUGAAGAUUCGAUUACGGUGAUUCCGUCGAAAUGUAUUUCACCGCCGAUCCCGCUUGCCCGUGUAUUCGUAAUCGGAUUUGUUCGGCCGAGAACGAAUGAAAGAAUCGCCGGCGGCGCGAGCUUUUUGCCCCGUCCAGGACCGAAAACGACAAACAUAAGCCGCAACGGCCGAACCAUUCUCCCCCGAGUAACAAUCACGCAAUUGAUUACGGCCGCCCACGACGAUUGAUCCAAGACAGAACCGGAAGGUGGUGUUUUCCAUGCCCGUUGGCGACGAAAGUCGCUUCCGUCCCUCCGACGCGCGCGAUAUCAUCCGGCGGGGCUCCGCGUUCCUGGCGAAAGGAUGUCGGUCAGUUUGGACAACACAACGAUGAUGUCGACAACCACGGUAGAGUACAACGACACGGACAACGGCGCAGACAACAGCACAGACAACGGCACAAUACCGUUGCCAGAUUUAUACUCGAUACUAUGGUACAUCUACGACAAUCUCCACGGCAAACCCAAUUAUUUGUUGAUCGUGCUCUACGUGCACGUGAUGGUUAUCGCCGUCACGGCCAAUGUCCUCGUCAUCGCGGUCGUUUUCAAGUACCACUGCAUGAGAAGCAUUACCAAUUAUUUCGUGGUGAACCUGUCCGUAGCAGAUCUUCUAGUGACUACGAUCUGCAUGCCUAUGGCUGUCAGUCAAGCAAUCUCGAUCGACUGGACCUAUGGUGAACUGAUGUGCAAACUGUCCUCUUAUCUUCAGGGGGUCGCAGUCGCUGCCUCAGUUUUCACCAUUACCGCAAUGAGCAUCGACAGAUACCUGGCGAUAAGAAGCCCCAUAGCGUUCCGACGGGUUUUCAAUCGCAAGAGCACCGUCCUCGUUAUCGUAGCCCUUUGGCUGGUCGCUUUAAUCAUCUUUGCUCCGGUCUUAAAGGUGAUGACUCUGCAGAGUCCGAAGCUGGACUUGAAACUCAACACGUCUCUCCGGGGAUUCUGGUCAGUGACGAGCAAUUCCUUGCAGAAACCACCGGUUUUCUACACUUGUAAGGAAGAUUUCGGGCUUCUGGGUAUUCGGGCGCAUCUUUUCGGAACUGUGUGCUUCGUAUUGGUAUACGCAAUCCCCGGUGUCGUCGUGAUACUGUCCUACUCCAUGAUGGGGCGAACGUUGUGCUCCCGGAAGCCGCCGUUCGAUUGCGACAGCGUCAGAGGAAAUGCUAGCUCACAACAGACGUUCCGGCUUGUACGUGAGAGAAGACGAAUUGCUUGGAUAUUGCUCCUUCUGGCGGUGCUGUUCGCCUUAUGUUGGCUGCCGUACAACGUUUUAAUGCUCUUGAUCGAUCUGGACGCAGUCGGAGAAAGAAACGCGAUCGAGUACGCCCACGCUUACUCCCUAUUCUUGGGGCAUGCAAACAGCGCGCUGAAUCCUGUGGUGUAUUGCAUCAUGACUCGUACUUUCCGACGUAGCGUGGUUGAAAUUCUUCGUUGCGGUUCGGACGGGCUUGUCCAUCGAAGAUCUCGUCGCAGAAGCAUUCAAGGAACCGCCGUGAUGGAUGACGUGUGCGCAGGAUGCAGUGCCGGAGAUGGCUCGAUGAGGGGGUUGCUGCGCAAACGAAGAAUGUUGGCCGGAUGCAGAUGCGGGCUGCCGAUAGGCGGUCAUCACGCGGUUUUGGCACUGCGACGCACGGCCACGACGAGCAGCGGAUACGACAGCUUUUACAGCAGGCACAGUACUCAUAAGCGCUGCUACAUGCUGCGCAGCCUCCGCGAGAGGCCUCAAAUCUCGACCAAUCAGGUUGCAAACGCGGAUAAACGUCGACAAACCUGCAACCAAAGGGACGAUCCUAAGACCAGCCAACUUCGAAUCAGCAAGCUCACCACCACGAACGAACAAUGUCUUUAACUCUUAACCAGGAUUGAUCUUUUUUUGUCUAUCUACUGACAUUUUGGAGCAGCGGGGCGUAUAGGCUUUUGCCUAUUCUAAGCAGUUGUAAGCUCAAGUGGGAAUUAUACAGGGUGUUCCACAAUUACUUUAACACCCGAAAAUGAGGGGUAG